UCUAAUAUUUAUGUGCGCUAAGGAUAGGAAGAACUCAAGGCAUUGCAAACACAAUGACUUCUUCCAUGUCCUUCCGUGGGCUCUCUUCUUCCUCCUCUUCUACUGUUAGCUCUCCGUGGUUUUACGAUGUAUUCUUGAGUUUUAGAGGAGAAGAUACUCGCAAUACUUUUAUUGCCCAUCUCCACCAUGCUUUGCUUCAAAAUGGCAUCCACACCUACAUAGAUGAGGACGAGCUUAGAAGAGGUGGUGAAAUCUCACCUGCACUUCUCCAAGCCAUUGAAAAUUCCCGACUUUCAAUUAUCGUGCUCUCAGAAAACUAUGCAUCAUCUACUUGGUGCUUGGAUGAAUUGCUCAACAUUCUCAAUUGCAAGGAAACAAAGCAACAAAUAGUUUUACCUAUAUUUUACCAUGUAAAUCCAUCAGAAGUACGAAAUCAAAGAGGUAGUUUUGGAGAAGCUUUGGCUGUAUGUGUAGGAAAAUUCAACGAAGAUGUGAAGAAGGUGCAGAGGUGGAAGACAGCCCUACAAGAAGUGGCCAAUUUGGCUGGAUACGAGUUGGAAAAUGGGAAUGAAUCGAAAUUCAUCCAAGAAAUCGUUCAAGAGGUCUCUAGAAUGGUAAAUUAUUCAUAUCUAAACGUUGCAAAGUAUCUAGUUGGGAUAGAGUCUCGUGUGCAAGACAUUGAUUUGCUUUUAAGUAUCGGGAUGAAUGACAUACGCAUGGUGGGAAUAUUUGGUGUUGGUGGAAUUGGUAAGACAACCAUUGCCAAAAAGAUCUAUAACUCAAUUUUUUCACAAUUUGAUGUUCAUUAUUUCUUGGCAAAUGUUAGAGAAACUUCAAACCAAGUGGGUGGUAUGGUCCAAAUGCAGAAUACACUCCUUAAUGAGAUUCUAAAAGCCUCUAAAUGUUUUGAUGUUGGUAAUGUUGAUAGAGGAGUUUAUGAGUUAAAGCGCAGGCUUUGCUCUAGAAGAGUUCUCUUAAUUCUUGAUGAUGUGGAUGAGUUAGUCCAGUUAGAAACAUUAGCUGGAGGUCACGACUGGUUUGGUUUAGGAAGUAGAAUCAUCAUAACUACAAGAGAUCAGAAUUUAUUAAAUAACCAUAAAGUUGAUUCAAAAUAUGAAGUAAAGAGAUUGGACCAUAAUGAAGCUCUCGAGCUUUUUAGUUGGCAUGCUUUUGAGGAAGACAAACCUAUUGAAGAUUAUGUGGAACUCUCUAAGCAAGUAAUACAAUAUGCUAUGGGUCUUCCACUAGCUUUAACAGUGCUAGGCUCAGAUCUAAGGGGUCUGAGUAUAAAUCAAUGGAGAAGUGUAUUGGAUAAGUAUAAAAGAAUUCCUAGCAAAAAUAUUCAAGAAGUACUCUGUAUAAGUUAUGAUGGAUUGGAUGAUAAUGAGAAGGAGAUUUUCCUUGAUAUUGCCUUUUUUUUCAAAGGACAACACCUGGAUUAUGUCGUUAAAAUAUUAGAUAGCUGUGGUUUCUCUCCGGACAAUGGUAUCAAAAGGCUUGUAGAUAAGUGUCUCAUUACAAUUACUAUUCACAAUACAUUGUGGAUGCAUGACUUGCUACAAGAUAUGGGCAGAGAAAUUGUUCGAAAGGAAUCACGCAAAGAACCAGGCACACGUAGUAGAUUAUGGUUUCAUGAAGAUGUUCGCUAUGUACUAGAGGAAAAUGCAGGAACAAACAAUGUUGAGGGGAUAAAAUUAGUGGUUCUGCCUGAGGGUGAUGAUCAUGACAUGAUACGCUUGAGUCCCAAAUCGUUUGCAAAGAUGAGAAGACUCAGAUUUUUUAUAAGUUGUGGUGCACACUUUUUUGGACGAUCACUUAAUUAUCUUUCUAAUGAAUUAAGAGUGCUUGAUUGGUCAAAUUGUCCUUUACAAUCUUUGCCAUCCAAUUUCCGUGGAGAGAAGCUCAUUGAUUUUAAACUUUCUAGAGGCCGUAUCAAGGAGAUUGGCGGCCAAUUUAAGAACUUGACGAUAAUGAAAUUUUCUGAGUGUAAGUUCUUAACCAAAAUCUCCAAUCUUUCAAGUUGCUCGAAUUUAAAGGAAUUGGAUAUUAUGGAUUGUGAAAAUUUAGUUGAAGUUCAUGAUUCUGUUGGAUUCCUUGAUAAGCUUGUUCGUUUGCGUCUUUAUCAAUGCUUCAACCUGAAGAGUUUUCCAAGGCGACUCAAGUUGAGAUCUCUAGAAGUCCUUACACUUUAUAAUUGCUCAAAACUUCAAAAUUUUCCAUAA